AUGGCGAUGAAAUGUUUGGUUCUGGCAGUUACUAUGAUUAUUGCAGUGAAUAAUUGCUCUUCAUUAGCACUAGAUGGUGGAGAUUCGCUUCUACUGGGGGACUCGCUCGCUGGAAAUCAGACCAUUUUGUCGAAGAAUGACACGUUCGAACUGGGAUUUUUCAGUCCGAGAGGAACGAAUAAUUGGUACAUUGGCAUCUGGUACGCACGAAUGUCUCCCAAGGUCAUAGUUUGGGUGGCUAACAGAGAUAAUCCUGUCACAAGCAUGCCCAGCAUUCUGAAAUUUUCAAGCGACGGUCGUCUCAGACUGUUUGAUGGAAAGGGGCAGUCAGCCUGGUCGACUGGACUUGGUGUGAAAGGAUCUCGGGCAAUGAUAACCGAGGUCGGUAAUUUCAUUAUGCUGGGUCAGGGCCGGAACAAGUCUGAGAUUGUUUGGGAGAGCUUCGCGCAUCCGACAGAUACAUGGUUACCUGGAAUGAAGCUAUGGAAAGGGAUGAAACUAACUUCAUGGAAAAGUUCUGUGGAUCCUGCAAGUGGGCUUUUCUCUGGAGGAAUGGACAUGUCUCCAGGAAAGACACAGAUACUGAUGGUCUAUAACAAUAGUGUUCCAUUUUGGUCCAGUGGAGAGUGGACUGGGAAUUAUUUUGCCAAUGUUCCGGAGGUGUAUGCUCCCGAGAGAUUCGAAGCCUCCUGUGUGAGAGUUUCUCCUUCAAGAAUAUACCUUAAUUUUAGUGUAUUCCGGCAAGGACAUACCCUGUCAGGGCGGAUCAUGGUGGAUGAGAAGGGUGAAUUAAAAUCUUGUGACCGGAUAGAUGAUGGGUCUUGGACUCAGACUUGGUCGACGUACCGAGGUCAAUGCAGUGAGUAUAAUAUCUGCGGGGCCUAUGGAUUGUGCAAUGCGAAUGCUGUGUGUAGUUGUGUAGAGGGUUUCACGCCCAAGGGUGACACUCAAGGUUGGUGGUCAAGUGGGUGUGCUCGGCGAAGACCAAUGAAAUGCUCUGUCACAGAGGGCACCACCGACGGGUUUUUGGAAUCCAAGAACCGAAACUUGCACGAAGAAGAAGCUGUCUCAUACAACAACGAGACGACAAUGGAAGGUUGCAGGACUGCUUGUCUCAACAAUUGCUCCUGUACCGCUUUUUCUUUCGUUAUUUCUGAUCUACCCGUCUGUAGACUCUGGUUUGGGGAUUUAUUCAAAAUGAGUGUUUCAUCUGACAGCCAUUCUGUCUUCAUUAGGCUGGCGGCUUCUGAGUUGCAGGACUCGAAAUCAGAGAGAAGCAGGAAAGUUCCUGGACUUUACAUUUUACUGCCUUCUGUUGCAGCUUGCUGUGUUAUUUUAUCUCUCCUCUUGGCCGCAUUUAUUUUGUGGAAAUGUCGAGGACAGCGGAAGAUAAGCGUAGAAGAGGAUGUGCCAAUCAUGCUCAAAACGUUCACUUACAAGGAGCUGCGAAUUGCAACCGAGAAUUUCAAGCAUGAGUUGGGAAGUGGUGCAUUCGGCUCUGUGUUCAAGGGAACUCUGUCGGACAGCACGCUUGUGGCGGUUAAGAGAUUAGAGGGUUUCGCAAGAGCAGAAAAACAAUUCCGUGCGGAAAUAAACACAAUCGGGAUAAUUCAACAUGUGAAUUUGGUAAGGCUUUGUGGAUUCUGCGUAGAAGGUUCUCAAAGGCUACUUGUGUAUGCCUACAUGCCCAAUGGCUCUCUAAAUUCUUCUCUCUUUUGUGAAGAGGAAGAAGCAGAUAAGGUGCUGGAUUGGAAGACCCGUUUUGAGAUCGUACUGGGUACUGCACGAGGAUUAGCUUAUCUCCAUGAGGAAUGCAGGGAUUGUAUCAUUCAUUGCGAUAUUAAGCCUGAAAACAUUCUUCUGGAUGACGACUUCAGCCCAAAGAUAGCUGAUUUUGGCUUGGCAAAGUUGGUGGGCAGAGAUUUCAGCCGUGUAUUGACGACCACAAGAGGAACUCCAGGUUACUUGGCCCCAGAGUGGAUAUCGGGCCUUCCUAUCACUCCCAAAGUGGACGUAUACAGUUUUGGUAUGACGUUGCUAGAAAUUAUAUCUGGUCGUAGAAAUCUGGACUUGAAGGUGGAGGAAAGAAGCAGGUUGUACUUUCCUACCUGGGCUUCAUCUCAAAUUCAGAGGGGAAACAUAACGGGCAUUGUGGAUGCAAGGAUAGCCAGUGAGGCGAAUAUCGAAGAGGUGAGAAGAGCUGCUGUGGUUGGGGGACUGUGCAUUCAAGAUGAUGAGAAUCAGAGGCCGAGCAUGGGUAAAGUGGUGAAGAUAUUGGAAGGGAAGAUGGAGGCUCCUGCGCCACAAAUUCUGAGGUCUUUACAAGUGCUAGUAGAUCAGGUUGAAGACGACAACAGCGAUACCUUUGUUCAACAUCCUUACAUAUCAAGAGGUUCUGCACCUACAUAA